AUGAAUCCGGUGGAAACUGUGUGUUAUUCAGAAUUUUAUUUCCUUGAUUCAACAAAUGAAAAUUUCUGUAAAGACUGGACACCUGAUAACGGUUCUUGCUUUGACGAUAACGAGGCUAUUGACAUUAGCUUCCGGUUCCGGACAUCAGAUGAGUUGAAAACACUACCAUAUGUUGGUGUGUUUUCUGUAUACGGUGGAGGGGGAUACAAAAUCGAUAUUGGUCCAAAACAAUCAUUGGCCAUGGAUUACCUAUCACAGCUGAAGUCUCUUAAUUGGAUAGAUCUUUAUACGAGAGCUGUGUUCGUAGACACAUUUCUGUUUAAUGCUAACACAAGACUAUUUACUAACAUCAAAGUUGUGUUCGAAAUAUCUGAGUUUGGUUCAAUGGAAAUGAAAACAAAUACAUAUUCAUUCAACAUGUUUCCAUAUAUCACACCGUGGGAUUACUGUGUGUUGAUCUUUCAGUUACUUUUUAUUAUAAUUGUUGCUGCUAGAUUCGUAUUCCUCGUAGUAAAUAUUGUAAAACUUCGCUUAAAAUCGUUUUCGUAUUUUGCAACGUAUUUACGAAUGGCAGAGAUUGUCCUUUCCGUCUCUGCUGUUAUACUUUAUAUUCUCAGGAUUGACCAGACCUUACAAGGCGUUACAGAUGUUGGAAACUAUCUAGAAUCACACGUUUCUUUUGAGUUUGCCAUGAUGUACGACCAACUUUACCAAGAGGCGCUGGCAGUUGUGAUGUUUAUAGUGUCCCUGGAUUUGUUAAAACCUCUUACCUUUAACUCCCACCUACACAUUCUAUACUCAUCCCUUAGCAAUGGAAGAAAGGAACUCUUAUCUUAUAUGUUGCUCUUUAUGAUAGCAAUAUCAGCUUUUGCCUCCUAUCUACACAUUACCACUGGGUAUUUGGUGUACGAUUUCCGCAAUCCAUUUACAGCCAUUUUGACCCUGAUGCAAAUUCUGUUAUCGAUGAUUUCUUUGAAGAAACACCCGGAGAUAUCGUCUCUUCAAGCUCAAAUUGUUAUCUCCAUAUUCGCUUUUGUAAUGACGCUUGUUUUUCUUAACUUCUUUAUCUCUGUGCUUAACUUUUACUUUUCGGAGGGAAAAGAAAACUUAGAAAAAUCUAGCCAGUUUCUUAAACAUCUGAAUGACCAUUUUUGGUGGAGAUGCAACCGCUUUAGUAAGGAGUUUUGGAGAACGAUUUCAUGCCAGAAAUUGCAGACACAAGAUGACCAGAUCGAAGAAUUGCUCCGUCUUUUGAAAUCCGUAAGAAUUUUAUUUAUUCUGAACCCUCAUUUAGAUUACUCAAAACAUUAA